UGUUGGUAAGCAGUAGCCGAUACCCAGAUCAGUGGAUUGUACCAGGUGGAGGAAUGGAACCAGAAGAAGAACCGGGAGGAGCAGCUGUCAGAGAGGUGUAUGAAGAGGCUGGAGUGAAGGGAAAGCUAGGCAGACUGCUUGGGAUAUUUGAGAACCAGGAUCGGAAGCAUAGGACGUACGUUUAUGUUCUUACUGUGACGGAAAUACUGGAAGACUGGGAGGAUUCAGUUAAUAUAGGAAGGAAAAGAGAAUGGUUUAAAGUAGAAGAUGCCAUCAAGGUCCUUCAGUGUCACAAGCCUGUUCAUGCAGAAUACUUGGAAAAACUGAAACUGAGCUGCUCACCCACUAAUGGAAACUCUGUGGUUCCCCCUCUUCCAGAUAAUAACUCCUUAUAUGUCACUUCUGCACAGACUUCUGGGUUGCCCUCUACUGUGAGAUAAGCAUUUGGAUUACCUUUUCAUUCAUGUCAUCACAAGGGGAGACAUCUGUGAUCACAUGUAGGCAUCUGUAUAACUGUCAAUUUUAAGUGAAAUAUGUGAAUGUGUCAUAAUGUCAACUUUAUUUGAACAUUGUUUUCCUUUCUAACAAUGUAAAAUAGUAUCUCAGCAAACCAAAGCCAUACAAGGAUUUUCUUUUUAAGAUGCCUUAAUAGGCAUUUCUUUUAUUUUUAUUUUUUUUAAGAAACUUGAGUAUAGGAAUUUCCGUAUCUGCUAAAAUAAAAUGUGCAUCUCAGUGGUGUUCAG